AUGUUGGUCCUGUCGAAGACACUCACGAUCGGUCAAAUCACCUUCAUCCUCCGUGUCGUCAUCCAAAUCCUCGCCUACGGCGGGCUCUUCCUACUUGGACUCCUCGUCCUCGCUAGCGCACCUCGCGUCGCUACUCUCGAAACACACGAUGUAAUUAACCGCGUCGUAGGCAAAUCUACUGCGACCACAUCCUCCAUGAAGUGGAUAUUCGGGCGUAUCGCAUCACGAAAGGACCGCGACCUCGCCCCAUCCCCACUCCUCCUCUGGGCACUCGCCCUGUCGCUGAUAUACGGCCUCCUCGUCAGCUUAACUGACAUAGGAUUCAUCGGUCUCAAUGCAUGCGAAGUGGCCGGCACCACCCGCCUCGAUUUCCCCGCCUCAGUACGGUCAGACGAAGACGCUCGUCAAGCCCUCGAGGUCAACCUCAUCCCAGGCGUCGACCCAACCAACAUCCGCCGACACAUGUGCGACUCCGCAGAGCCAAAGAUACUCGACGGCGAUAAUUCAACCAUCCUCGUCUGCACAUCGUGGCGGAACACGACGUACGGCGACCCGACCCAGUUCCAAUCCUUGAAUUCCACCGACAGCGACACCCUCAUGCCUCUAACCCUUGGGUAUUAUAACCAUACUCGAGCGGCCCAGUUCGACCUCAGCAGGUACCUCGUCGGCGCGACGAGCGAGGGCCAGAAAACACCGGUGAUCCAGAACGGCAUUGCCGUUAUCCCUCACGAUACGGGCGUUCGAAUGAUCGCCGGCGUACCCAAGGUUGGGCUGAAGGAAAAGGUCCAUCUGCCGCAAACACUCGCUCUGGAGGUCGAGAUGGCUUGUAUGCCGACCGGCACUAUGGGCCAAGAGGAUGUCGGUUCCGUCAACGGGCCCAGCGCCAACUUCUUCGUCCCAGACGAUCUCUAUCAGGCCAACUGGACGGGACGCUAUUCAGGCCCAGAGAACCUUCGCGACCCUCUCCUCUCCUCCGUCGCCCGCGUCCGCGAGCUCAUGAAGCCUCUCUACAACUCCUCCGACCUCAAUCCGAGCGGGUUCUGGAUGUCGAUCAACGAGACGCGAGCGCCAUAUACCUGGCCAUCCACUAUCACCGGCUUCUUUCCAACCGUCAACGGGUCGGCAGGGACCACAGAAACGCGCUACAUCCUCGGGAACUGCUCCGCCGAGGUGCAUAGCGCGCUCGGGGUGUCUACACCACCUGAAGGCGCAAGCACUCGUCAAGCACAGGCGUGUGGGUUAUACCAAAUGCUCGGGUCGACGUUCCAAGGCAGGACCACAUUCCAGCAGCACUACGAGAUGAUGUGCGCCACCUCAACCUCGUUCGACAUGGUUUCCACGACGCUCGCAGUCGACGGCGAAGGACGAGUUUCCAACCCCGAAUUGAUCCACCUCCCGAGUGACUUCUACAGUGGGUAUGCAAGUUACUUCGACAUCACCCCCAGAGGCGAAGAUAUGGUGUACAACACCUUCGAGCCACUCGUCCGGUUCGCGCUAUCUUCCAACCCAUCGGGCCCGACGAGGCACUAUAUCCACCAGUGGGAUUCCAUUGGGACCACCGCACGCAGUUUGACUCAAGGCGCCGGCAAUCCUGGCUUCCUCCUCACCCUAGUUGGCUCAGCGAUGGUCGGCGUUAAUUCGCUCGACCUCUCCACCAUCGCAAUGAUCAACUCGACGUUCUUCAGCGCCGACUAUCGUCCAGAGAUCGUGACGCGGUGGGGUGGUAGCGUCGGAGCAUCGUACAUCCUCUCCACGAUUGGCUACAACCCGUGGGUGGCACGUGGAAGCCAGGCGUUUGAGGUGCAGAGUACAGGUGGAAAGGCAGCCGUGUGCUACGAAGUCCCAUACGCAGCGGCCUUCCUUCCUCUAGUCCUCGCAGCGCUGAUCGUCGUCUUCUUGACGAUGGCCCUGUUCCUUCGCAGCAAGCUGAAGGGCACGAAACGUUGGGAGAACCUCUACGGUGGGUUAGCACCGGCUAUCGUAUCGCCUGUCGCGAUGAAGCCUGGUAAAGGCGAGGUUUUAGCGUGGCAAGAAGGUGACGAACCGCAUUUGCGGCCUGUGUACUCUUCCAUGCCGCUCCCAAACAUCGGUAUGGAGUCGCAGACUCUCAUGACGCCGCAUUACAAGUCGGAGUACAUGUGA